AUGUAAAUUAAAUAAAAUCUAAUCCAAAGUUUGAUUAUCUAAAAUACUGCAAUAGAAAACUUUAUAUAAUAUGAAGCAUUGCAAUUAAUAGGUACAUAGUGGAUUUAAUCAAGGUGAUUAAUCAUAUGGAUAAUUAAAUGAUUCAUAAUAUAAUUAGAAGAAAACAUAAAUAAGUUUAUUAAAAGAUUAAUAAUAUAUUGAUGCAGAAUAAUUAAAAAAGUUAGAAGAACACAAUGAAGAUUAAUUGAAUUAGUAAUAAAAAUGGGUUAUUUUAUUAUUGUUUAAAAUAAUAAGGCCUGAAGAACCUAAAAAAAUAAUAUGGGAUUUGAUAGGAAUGUCAUUUAUAUUUAUUCAAAUGAUAACAAUUCCAUUAAUUUUGACUUUUAGUCUUGAAAUAUCAGGUGCUUUUGCUAUUUUUAAUGAUAUAAUGGAUUACUAUUUCUUAAUUGAUAUUUUGUUGUAAUUUUAAACGGGCUAUUAUAAAAAGUAUUAAUAAAGAAAUAUAUAUUUGUUAGGGGUAAUUUUGUAAGUUAGAGAAAGUAAAUAGCAUUAAAUUAUUUAAAAUUAUGGUUUUGGUUGGAUCUAAUAUCAUCAUUUCCAUAUGAUGAUAUGAUUUCUUUAUUUAUUGAUGAUUAAAAUUCAGAAUAAUUGUAGAGAAAUACAUAAAUAAUAAAAAUUAUGAGAAUAAUAAGGUUUAUAAAAGUAAUUAGAUUAAUGAGAGCAUUAAAAUUGAAGAAAAUAAUAAAUUAAAUAGAAGAUUCAUUAUUACUAGAUAAAACAAUUAUUUCUAUAAUAUCUUUUUUUAAGAUUUGUUUAAUAAUUUUAAGUUUAUCUCAUUGGUUAGCUUGUAUUUGGAAUGGUAUAAGAUUUAUUGAAGAAACAGAUAACAAUUGGUAUACUCAAUAUGUGAUAAAUUUUGAUUAAGAAUUAGAUAAUAAUCCAGAUUUAUGGUUUAAUUAGUAUGUGGCAGGAAUAUAUUUUAGGUAUAUUUGAUUUUAUAGAAGAAAUAAAGCAUAACAACAAUGAUUACUAUAGGAUAUGGAGAUAUAUCACCUAAAAAUACAAUAGAAAGAUCAUUUGGAAUUUUUGUCAUGAUUUUAGCUUCAGGUGUUUUUGGUUAUGUGAUGAAUUCAAUUGUAUUAUUAUUUUAAAAUAUGAAUGAAUCAUUAGAAGAUUUAUUGAAUAAAAAUACUGCUGCAAUAAAGUAAAUUAAAUUAAUAUAUAAAGAUAUAUGAAAUAAAAAGAAAUUAAUAAAAAGUUGCAAUCAAGAAUUAAAAAUUAUUUAGAAUGGUUAAUAGAAGAUGAAUAAUUAUAAAAGAGUUACGCUCAUAAUACACUUGAAAAAUUAUCAUUACCAUUAAAAAAUUAAUUAACUUAAAUUGUUCAUGGUAAAAUGAUGAAUUAGAUUAAAUUUUUGAGUAAGAACUUUUCUUCAAUUUUAUUGAAAAAGUUAGCAUUUACAUUUUAGGAAGAAAGUAUAAUAAUAUUUUAUAAUUAUUAUAGUUUACAAUCCAGAAGAUUGGAUUAUAAAUUAAAAUGAUCAAAUUAAUGAUGAUACAUCUAUUUAUUUUAUAUUAAAUGGGAGAGUAUCAGUAUGUAUACCAAAAACUAAAGGAAUUAUUGAAUUAAUGGAAUUGAGUAAAAAAUAAUAUUUUGGUGAAAUAUCAUUUUUUGGCAAUGUCCCAAGAUGUGCAUCUGUGAAAGCUAGAAAUUUCAUUAAUUUAUUUCGAUUGUCAAGAAAAUCAUUUUUGGAAUAAUGUGAGAUUGAAGAUAUUGAAUAGUUUUUUUAAUUGAAAUUUAAAAUUGAAUUUGAGUAGGAUUAUGAAGAUUUAAAUUUAUUUUGUUAUGUUUGUUAAGCACCAAAUCAUACUUCAAAGAAUUGUCCAAAUGUACAUUAUGUUAUAAAUAAAUAUGAUAGAAUAAAUAUUAUUGAGAAAUAUAAUGAAGAAAUUAAAUCAUUCAUUAAUGAAAAAAGAAGAUUAAGAAAGAAAUGUCAUACUUUUCAAUAUCUAACUAAUAAAAGAAAUUAAUAAGUAAUUUAAGAACUUACAGAAGAAGCUUAUCAUAUUGAGAAAUAUGUUAAUUUUCAUUAGACUACUCCAGAAAUAUUGAGAAUUAAAGAUUCAUUUAGAACUGAUUCAAUCAAAGAAUAUACUAAUUUUACACCCACAUCUAAUUUAAAUUCAAUAGCUAGACUUCAAAAUUAUAAUGCAGAAUUAUACGCUGAAAAUGUGAGGUAAUAAAAAGAACAAUAAAAAAAGAAUAAAUUGAAAAGUAAAUUUGUAUAAUUUUUACAUAACAAAAAAGAUCAAAGAUAAUCAGUAAGUAAAUCAUCUAAUAAUAAUUUUUCAAAAUUAGUAAUGAAUUUAACUAAAUUAAAAAAAGAAUAAGAUUAGUUAUAAUAAAAUUUAGAUUAAGUAUCUUAAUCUAGAUUAUCAUCCCCUUCUACUAUUAAACCUAAGUUAUUAAGAGCUCCUACAAUGGUAGCAAGAAAAUUAAAUCCAGAUAAAAGGAAUACAAGAUUAUAACGAUUACCUAGGAAAACUUAUUUAGAAUAGGUUUGCGGAUUAGAUAAAUGUAAUUAACAAUGUUUUGAUGUUAUAAUGGAAGAUGCUAUAGAAAGUUCAACUUAACCUCUAAAAUAAUCAACUGUUACAUAAUCUAAAAAGAAAACUAUAAUCUUAUAGAAAUCAACUGAAUCCACAAUAAUUGAAUCUGUCUAAUUCCCAGAUAUUUAUUUUAGUUAAUAACUAAAAAGAAGUUCAUCUUCUGAUGAAUUUAAUGUAAAAUCAUAUUCAGAUUUAGAUAAAUAUUCUAAAUAAUUUCUCGAAGAUAUGAUAUAUUUGGUAACUAAUUACAAAUUGUAAAAUUGUAAAUGA